ACGUCAGGAACGUCACUGUCAUCUUUUCACCGGGAGAGGAGAAGGGCGUCCGGGGUGACUGGUCGAGGCAGAGCCGCUAGGACGCUUUCUGGAGUGGACGUUUGAUUCGCCGUUUUCCUGUCCAGGCCCGGGUGGAGUCCAUUUUCCCUCGUUUCUCUGAGGACGUCCGGACCGUCGGACCCAUCGCCGCCACGGUGCGCGUGUGACGCUUUAAGGACUGCUCAUGCAUCGCUUAAGGACUUGUGCGGCGCGACUGCGUCCGCUCACCGCCUCGCAGGCGGCUCAGACUGUCGGCCAACAGCGGCCAAUCACAGUUGCCAAUGGAGUCGGCACAAGGACGUUUCGGCCAAUCAGGUGCUACUCGACACCUGUGGCCUCUGAACCGUUCCUGAAUGGGACGAGCUCCAACUACGUGGAGGAGAUGUACUACGCCUGGUUGGAGAACCCAAAGAGUGUCCACAAGUCGUGGGACGUGUUUUUCCGUAACGCCAACGCCGGUGCUCCUCCCGGCGCCGCCUAUCAGUCUCCUCUGGGUCUGGCUGCGGCAUCGGGCCUGGCAGCCCCACAGCUGUCCUCGCUGGUUGGAGCCCAGCCCAACGUGGAGAAGCUGGUGGAGGAUCAUCUGGCCGUCCAGUCCCUCAUCAGAGCUUAUCAGAUCCGGGGGCACCAUGUGGCCCAGUUGGACCCCCUCGGCAUCAUGGACGCUGAUCUGGACUCGUGCGUCCCCACUGACAUUAUCACAUCCUCCGACAAGCUGGGGUUCUACGGUCUGGACGAGUCGGACCUGGACAAGGUGUUCCGGCUGCCCACCACCACUUUCAUCGGUGGCUCAGAGUCGGCGCUGCCGCUGAAGGAGAUCAUCCGCCGCCUGGAGAUGGCGUACUGUCAGCACAUCGGCGUGGAGUUCAUGUUCAUCAACGACCUGGAGCAGUGUCAGUGGAUCCGACAGAAGUUUGAGACCCCAGGAGUGAUGCAGUUUACCCUGGAGGAGAAGAGAACGCUGCUGGCUCGGAUGGUCCGCUCCACCAGGUUUGAGGAGUUCCUUCAGAAGAAGUGGUCUGCAGAGAAACGGUUUGGACUGGAGGGAUGCGAGUCUCUGAUCCCAGCUCUCAAGACCAUCAUAGAUAAAUCCUCGGAGAACGGAGUGGAGAACGUCAUCAUGGGCAUGCCUCACAGGGGUCGGCUGAAUGUUCUGGCGAAUGUGAUCCGUAAAGAAUUGGAGCAGAUCUUCUGCCAGUUUGACUCAAGGCUGGAAGCUGCUGAUGAGGGCUCUGGAGAUGUGAAGUACCAUCUGGGGAUGUAUCAUCGUCGGAUCAACAGAGUGACGGACCGGAACAUCACCCUGUCUCUGGUGGCUAACCCGUCUCACCUGGAGGCCGUUGACCCUGUGGUUCAGGGAAAAACCAAAGCCGAGCAGUUUUACUGCGGAGACACCGAUGGAAACAGGGUGAUGUCCAUUCUGCUGCACGGAGACGCAGCCUUCGCAGGUCAGGGCAUCGUCUACGAGACCUUCCACCUGUCUGACCUGCCGUCCUACACCACCCACGGCACCGUCCAUGUGGUGGUCAACAACCAGAUUGGUUUCACCACCGACCCCCGCAUGGCCCGCUCGUCUCCGUACCCGACUGACGUUGCUCGGGUCGUCAACGCCCCCAUCUUCCACGUCAACGCAGACGACCCUGAAGCAGUCAUCUACGUCUGCAAGGUGGCUGCAGAGUGGAGGGCCACCUUCCACAAAGACGUGGUGGUCGAUCUGGUGUGUUACCGUCGAAUGGGUCACAACGAGAUGGACGAGCCGAUGUUCACUCAGCCGUUGAUGUACAAACAGAUCAAGAAGCAGAAGCCGGUUCUGCAGAAAUACGCAGAGAAGCUGAUCGCAGAAGGAGCCGUGAGCCGACAGGAGUAUGAGGAGGAGAUCGCCAAGUACGAUAAGAUCUGUGAGGAGGCGUACGCUCGCUCUAAGGAUGAGAAGAUCCUGCACAUCAAGCACUGGCUGGACUCGCCAUGGCCCGGUUUCUUCACUUUGGACGGACAGCCCAAGUCCAUGAGCUGCCCGUCCACCGGCAUCUCUGAGGAGGACCUGAACCAGAUCGGCCAGGUGGCGUCCUCCGUCCCCGUAGAGGACUUCACCAUCCACGGAGGUCUUAGUCGUAUCCUGAAGAGCCGAGGGGAGAUGGUCCGGAACCGGACCGUGGACUGGGCCCUGGCGGAGUACAUGGCUCUGGGGUCUCUGCUGAAGGAGGGGAUCCACGUCCGUCUGUCGGGUCAGGAUGUGGAGCGAGGAACCUUCAGCCACCGUCAUCACGUCCUCCACGACCAGAACGUGGACAAGAGAACCUGCAUCCCCAUGAACCAUCUGGCUCCGGACCAGGCGCCGUACACCGUCUGCAACAGCUCGCUGUCCGAGUACGGAGUUCUGGGCUUUGAGCUGGGCUUUGCCAUGGCGAGCCCGAACGCUCUGAUUCUGUGGGAGGCCCAGUUUGGAGACUUCCACAACACGGCGCAGUGCAUCAUCGACCAGUUCAUCUGCCCGGGUCAGGCCAAGUGGGUCAGACAGAACGGCAUCGUCCUGCUGCUGCCGCACGGCAUGGAGGGCAUGGGUCCAGAACAUUCUUCGGCUCGACCUGAGAGGUUCCUCCAAAUGUGCAACGAUGACCCGGACGUGAUGCCCAAACUAGGGGAGGACUUUGCGGUCCGGCAGCUCUACGACUGUAACUGGAUCGUGGUGAACUGCUCCAGUCCAGGAAACUACUUCCACGUUCUGAGGAGACAGAUCCUGCUGCCCUUCAGGAAGCCGCUCAUCGUCUUCACUCCCAAGUCUCUGCUGCGUCACCCUGACGCCCGGUCCAGUUUCGACGGGAUGCUGCCCGGAAGCCACUUCCAGAGGGUGAUCCCAGAGGACGGGCUGGCGGCGGAGCGGCCGGAGGCGGUGAGGAGGCUGAUCUUCUGCACAGGAAAGGUUUACUACGAGUUGACCAAAGAGAGGAAGAAGAGGGGCCUGGAUGAGACGGUGGCCAUCAGCCGCAUGGAGCAGCUCUCCCCGUUCCCGUUCGACCAGGUGAAGGCGGAGUUUGAGCGUUUCCACAACGCCGACCUGGUGUGGUGUCAGGAGGAGCACAAGAACCAGGGUUACUACGACUACGUGAAGCCUCGCAUCCGGACCACCAUCAACAAGGCCAAGAACGUCGGGUACGCCGGCAGAGACCCGGCUGCAGCUCCGGCCACAGGAAACAAGAACACCCACCUGAUGGAGCUGCGGCGCUUCCUGGACACGGCCUUCGACAUGGACGCGUUCAAAGACCAGCAGUAGAGCGGCCCCGGGGCCCACUCUGACCCACCCCCCUCCACCCGGUUCCACAGAUUAAACUUCCUGUUUCUGACACUACAGCAGCUUUCACUGAGGGCUGAGUUUAACCCGACGGUCCGAUAGAGCGGACCCUAAACUCGCGCUGACGACGCUUUGAUCGCAGUUUCCUCCUAAAUCCACCGAACGUUGGAGUCCGACUCCGUCACAUGAAACAGGGAUGUUUGAUGGGACGGACCCGGCCUCCACACACACACACACACACACACUCCAGCUGCUGGAACAGACCCAGAUUGUGGUCAGAGUGGCGCCUCCCGUCUUCCCUCCUCUCUACUCCACAUGUUCAGUCAUAGGAUCAGAGCUUUCUUCUUCUGCAGGAAUCAUUUUUCUUUUAGCGUUUGAAGCAGCAGAGCUCAAAGGGACGUAGGCUGACCUUCACUGCAGGUCUUCUUCUCAUUAAGGAAAAGUUGUAAUUAGUUGCCAUGGUAACGCUUCUCUCUGAGAUUUUAUGGUUUUAUUCUGUGGGUACGUUUGGGAUGAACCAACCACACGCACUGCUGAUAAAUCAUUUAACCCCCCCUCCCCCUCAUCGCCGGCGGGCGCUCAUCUCGUGCCAAAAAGCUCCGCAGCAGAAGGUCACCUCCCUCUGGAGUUUCUGCGGCGCAGCUGAACUGUCGGCAGGAAAUGGAUGAAGCGUCGGCUGCAGUUCUGAGCUUCUGAGAGAAAAAAAAAUCAUUUAUUUAUUUUCAUAUUAGGGGAUUGAAGUCUGCUGCGUUAUUAUGCUUCAUUCAAUAAAGAGUUCUGUA